AGGUGAAGCCUGAGCGAACGGAGGGAGUCUGUCGCUUUAAGAAGUAGUUGCAUGGAGAAGCUGGUGAUUUUCCACUCAAACUGAUAUUAAACGCGCACCAGGUCGUAGAAACAAUGCUCUCACUGAAAAUUACAUUGCAUUGUGUCACUCAGCGCUAAACGUAGACUUCAACACAAGGAACAACAGACUUCUUGAUAAAACGAGAACAGGUAAACCAACAUCUUUUUACAUAUAAAGUCGUCAGUAUUAAAAGAUUUUUGAUUACAUUUUAAUAAAACGUAAGAUAGACGCGUUUAAACAUUAUUUGAGAAAAUAGUAGAAACAGAUAUGUCAGUGUAAUUGAAAGGGGGGAAAUUAAAACAUUGUGUGCCGGAAAUGUCAUUCGUCGUGUUUUUGAUUUUCUGGAGCAUGCUGAAUGAUUAUAUCUCAUGUAUAUGCAGAACAUUUUGCUCUCUAUUUUUGACAUGAUGCUGUGUCCUCUGUGUUUUAUUGGUACUAUCGCUAUAAAAGAGGCUUUUGUUUUUAAUUUUAAGAGAAAUUAAAAUCACAACUUUUGCGAACAGCGUGUUUGCUCUAAAACCCAGUUGCUGCCGUUAAACUGGGUUUCCUGUAUGCAUAUCUCAUAAAGCUCUAGUUCCUCUUUGAUCAUUUUUGUAGGGCUGCUGUGGUGCGUUCAGGCGCACCCUGGCGUCUCUGACAAGUGAUUUUUAUUUGUUUGCAGACAGAGGGAUGUGUGUCGCUUUUGUCAUCUACAGGCUACAGGUGCACUUUUAUCCCUCACGCUGUGUGGGUGUGGGGGAUUAAAGUGUAACUGAUUGAAUGUUUAAAGAGUCUGCUGAUGUUGAUAUGAUGAUCUUUGGCAUGUAUCAGCUAAUGGGCUACCUCUUACAUGGUGACUCAUACUUAACCUGCUUAUUACACUUCCCAACCACUCCUGUCAGGAAUUGAUUGAAAUGCAUCCUCUAAUAACCCCAGUAACCUCACAGCUGGACAAACCCCUGAGGGUCACUGUACUUUUUUUGGCUGGAGGGCUGGAAAAGUCGCCCAAAGUAGGAGCAUGGAGUCCUUCGGGGAUCUGUAAACAGACCCUGAGGGUUCCUGCAAAAUCUUGGUUAAUAAAAAACAUACUCUUGAUUGUAAAAACAAAUAAUUUGGAGAAUAAGUUCUACUGUUGAUUCUGGCUCGUUGUAAUUACACCGCUUUAACAUAAAAAAAGUAAUAUAUAGCCUGUCAUGGGUAUGUGCAGCUUUCCUGUUUAUAUAUUGAAGUUGGGCUUCUAAAAAUACUAUAACAUAUUGUAUCUUAUUUUAUUGCCAAAUCCCAUCAUAUGCUAUCACAUCAUAACUUGAAUCAGCUUUAUGUAUUAUUUCAUGACAUGCCAUAUUGUUUCAUUUCGUUUGGCUUGAUAUGGUGCCAUUUUGCAUUACAUUAUGCCAUAUGACAUUAUGUCCUCUCCUAUUGUCUGGUAAUAUGUUCUUGUAUCAUACUGUAUCAUCAUUCAUGAUAAUGUAUGGUAGCAUUUGGUAUUGUGUCAUAUUGUAUCGUGCCAUAGGGUUUAAUAUUGUUUGAUAUUGUAUCAUAUUGUAUCAUAUCAAAUUUUGCCAAACUCUGUAGUGUAUUAUAUAACCUAUGGUAUGGUUCCAUCCUAUAGUAUCACAUUAAUUGCAUCAUGUUACAUGUUAUUAUAUGAUGUAAUUUUAAGAGUACAAUUUGAAAUAAUAACUUAGAGCUGGAAUUUGCAAAUUUUUAACUAAAACUUGGUUCAAUAAAUUAAGUAUUCAGACUGAGAUCCUGAUACAGCCAAGGACUACGGUUGUUUUUUGUGUUUGCCAAAAGUGUUUAACUCAUAGAUUUUUGCCAGAAUUUAAAAUUCAUGUAAAUAGAUAUAAAUCUGGUCUCCAUUUAGAAAUCAAUCUUUAACUAAAAACAAAGAUUAGUUUAACAAUGAAACUUUUAAAUUCAUGGUUGAUGUUUGGGAAAACUACAUGACUAAGACUGAUUUAUGUACAUACAGUUUGUAUAACUGUAGAUCUAGUUUUCUUUAACAAUCACCUGACUGGCUCUCUGUGGGUUUUGAGCGAUGAACAAACAGAGCGAUGGUAGCUCUUUAUCAAGGGAGGAACUCUUUUAUGAAGUGACCUACAUGAAACAGGCUUUUCUUUCCGCUGGAUCUACCUUCAAAUUACAAAUCCUGUGCUCUCUCUCACAAUAGAUUAGACCAUGUCGAAUGGUUAUGCAACCAAAAUAGUACUCAGAGCAUGACACCGACCAAAAUCUAAGGAUUAUGGCGCCAUGCAAAGCUAAGUGAUGUCAAAGGUGCGUGUGGUUUUGUGUGUGUGUGUGUGGGUUCAGAAUCAUUAGAUGAUCCUUGUCCCUCUUUAAGUGUCCAGAUCCUGUGGAGGACUCUUGUAGUUUGUUUUUUUUUCUUUUUGACUCUUGCAUGGUCGUCUUUGUCCCGCCAUUGUGAGCUCUGGGAGCAGUGAAUGGUAUCUAAACAGACGGAUGAAGAGCAGAGGAGGCACAUUUCCUUAUUAGGAAAUGUUAUAAGCUUGAUACUGUAUGCGUUUACAUUUCCCAGAUAACAAACCACAUGUCAUGAAAGAAUGGAGGAUGGUGGUUCUGAAUGUCCCGCAUGCCGGGAAUUAUCACAGUGAACAAAAAUAGUUAUCUUACAAAGAUGUUGAGAAGUGGCGUGGGGAUGUUUUGAGAGGCUUCUAAAAGUCUGAAUGCUCCUUUAGUUCGACCACUUGUUCAGUAUCAUAACUCAAGACCAUCCCCCAGUGUUGGAGCAGCCCAGCCUUUCUUUUUCCCUCUGACUUGUCCUCUGUGUCUCCAACAUGAAUAAGAAGUGUGUAUGGGACACACACUCACCCCCCCCACUACCACCACCACUUGACUGUGUGUGUGUGUGUAUGUUUGUGAGCAGGGAGAAGUGGGAAGUGGAAAUUUACAGUCUCCCACGUCGGUACCUGAGUUGUCGGUCACAGCCUUGCUGCGUCCAAUCUCCACUUUGGAUUUAAUUGUCUUUAGCCAAGGGGCGGGUCCUGCUGUCAGCUCCACUUCUUCUGACCCGUGUCGGCAUAAAGGCAUUCAGUACAGAGGAAUGGUGACAGCUGAGAGAGAGGAACUCUAUACAUAGCCGCAGCCAUGAAGGAAAUGUAAGUUUUCUCAAUUGCUUUUCUCAAAAAGGAGACUUGAUUUUCCAGAAUAGGCGUGUGUGUUGAGGAGUUUUUGUUUUAUAUUCAGGCUAAACUGAAAAAGUUUUAAUGCUUGAAAAAAAUCUGUUUGUGUGAUAAAAGCUUGAGAAGAUGUUAAAAGAUACAAAAAGGUUUUAUUAUUGCCUUUGUCAUUCAGUAUGAGUUGAUUUAUGUGGAGAAAGAGUGGAAAAAAGAGCGGAAAAUCUCUACCCUGAGAUGUUUUCUUAUAAGGUUAAGGAAUGUGCUGUCAGAAAUGUCUGGUCUGAAUCCCAGUACAGUUUCCCUGAAGUCUUAUCUGACCAGCAGACCAUGCAAGCAGGUGAAAGCAUAUGCUGAGCAGACGCAAGCAGAAGAAGAAGGGAAAUUGGAUAAAGGAGGGGGAGAGCGAGAGAGAGAAACAGGAUGAGAAAACCGAGUGAGCAAGAACUGAUCCAGUUAUGUAAGGAGGUCUGAGAAUGGAAAGCGGUUCGAGGUGACUUGUCAUGCAAAACAGGAAGAGAGAAAUCCUAGAAAAUGACGGGACGUGGUGUGGAUACACAGAGGGAUGGAGGGGUUGUUGAUGGAGGGCCGACGGAGAGAAGAAACACAUAGUUCCCAGUAAGAAUGUUAGAGGAAUCUAUCUCCUAAUGCACGGAGUCUGAGAAACAAACGCUGUUGAAAUCACUGUGAUGGCUGCUGCUAAGCUUUUUUUUAAAUCAUCUUAUUCUGUUUUUUACUUUCAGUUUUUAAGGCUAUGUCUUAGUUUCACUUUUUCUUAAUCUGUGGGAACAAAAACAUUAAAACCUUGUUGUAAUUUUUUCUUUUGUCUGAGCUGAAAGAAAAAAUAAACAAGCCAGACAAAAGAAAACCUUCCUUAAUAGCCAAACAAUCAAGCCUUACAAUAAAUGACAACUUUCUCAUUGUUCUUCUUUUGUUCUUAUCUUGUGCCAGCUAAGCGCUUAAAUCACCAUUCAGUCUGGGCUUGUCUUACGUUUCUAUUCCUGUCCUAUUAGGGCUUCUUUCUCCUCUUUGGCUCACGCGGGGAAAUAGGAUACCUCGGUCGUUAAUAACAAAUCCUGUCUUUCUUGGAAAGGCCGUUUACAGUGUAAACACUCGAGUGAACUUAAGCUGUUGUAUCUUCCUCAGAGCGGGCACGGUUUGGGGACUGCACAGGGAUCUAUCGUCCACUCUAAAUCUGGAUUACAGUGGACUGACAUGCGGCUGAUGCGGUAGAAAAAGCUUGGAGAAAGCUUUCUUGGUGGGACAGGCGAGAACUUAAAAGUGUGUCUUGGGUCCUAAUGUUCCUUUCCUGUCUCUGGUAACAAUGUGCCCCCCUCUGAGCUUCACAAACCCACCCUGAGACACGGAAAGUUUGAAAACAGAGAACUGAAACAGUGAUGUAAAUGUGAACAGGCAUUCACGGAGGUGAGCUGUACGCUGUGCGGCAGGAAUAUAAAGUCUAGAUUCUUAGAAGUUUAUUUGCGGAACAUAUACGCACUGACAAAAAAUUCAGUAGUCUAUUUGACCCCUAUGCAUCACUUAUUCAGAUAAGCCAGAUAAGCAACAAAGCAGUGUUCGUCAUGUACUCAGUGGUCACAGAGCACGCUGUAACGCAAUCAGGAGACAGUAUUAUCUCCCUAAUGCUCCGCCUCUAUGUCUUAUCCCGAUCACCUCUGUCUCCCACUCUUCGUCCUUGUCUCAUGUCUUUUUCCCUUGUUGUCUCUUGUCCACAGCAUGGCACAAAAAGAAAAGCUCCAAUGCCUGAAGGACUUUCACAAAGACACCCUGAAACCCUCACCAGGGAAGAGCCCAGGCACACGGCCCGAAGACGAGGCAGAAGGCAAGGCUCCUCAGAGGGAGAAGUGGGCCAGUAAGCUCGACUUUGUCCUGUCUGUGGCCGGAGGCUUCGUCGGAUUAGGAAACGUCUGGCGCUUUCCUUACCUUUGUUAUAAAAACGGUGGAGGUAGGCAGAAGACUCACACAACUGAUGAAACACUAAUGAAACCAGAGGUAAUGAUAGCAGGGAGAUGUCUCACUCUGACUUCGUUUAUGAAUCCAAUUUUCAGGUGCGUUUCUCAUCCCUUACUUCAUCUUCCUGUUCGGAGGAGGCCUGCCCGUCUUCUUCCUGGAGGUUGCGUUGGGACAGUACACAUCUGAGGGAGGGAUCACCUGCUGGGCCAAGCUCUGCCCCAUCUUUACAGGUUCGCCACAGCUUCAAACACACUCACAAACCCAUAUAUGGAGUCUCUGCGCACCAGAACACAAAUCACCCCUGACAAGAUUAUUUAAUAUUUAACGCUGAGUUAAAAGCCUCAUUUGUCCAAGCAGAAAUUCUGCCCUGAGUUACUGCCUGUUUCAGCCCAGUCCUCAUUAUUUUAAUCAUUAUUCAACAUUAUACUCUGCACAGCCCCCCUUUUUUCUCCUCCGUGUGUAAUUGGACCCCACAUUUUCUUCAUUAGGGAGCAUUUUGUUGAGUAAACAUCAUUAAAAAAACACAGAAAGCAGCAGCUUAACAUGUAGAGCUCUUGACACAGAGUCCUAGAGGGCUCUUUUUAUUCAAUGUUAUACUUAAUAGACUUAGUAUACAGGGUUAGGUUUGGGUGGAGCACACACACGUGUCUGUACAUGUUGAAGUAAACCAGAAUACAGUUAAGACACCUGAUGCUUGACGGUGUUAUAAAAACAUUAAGUCACGCCUGAAUUUUGAUGUGUGACGGAAUCAGGAGGUUUUUGUUGCCAUGGUAAUAGACAGGCCAUGAAAAAGACAUCAAGUUGCCUAGCAAUGAGUACAGUCUUAAUGAUUAAAGUCAUUUUUCUGAGCUUAUAUGGGAUUAUACAAACCCCACGUCUUCUGUGACGUGUUGUGGGAGUCCGGUUCUCUGGGGGAUCUCUUGACCUGAGAUCACCAUCAGCUACUGAUACUUCCAUACACUCCUCAGGCCCCUUUUUGAUGCAACCCUAACUACUUUUGCGUAACAGCUGACACUGAGGUACCACACCCUCGGCAGCUGUCGUGACGCCUUUACUCAUGUUCACACGUGGGACGUGACACGGCGAGAGUGGAAAGCGUGCGUUUAGUGGAUCUCGAGCAGCUGCUCACCGUCUCUCUGCUAUUCACAGAGCGCUGAGGUUUGCUGUCUGUCCGUCUGGCACAGCAGAGAAAGUUCACAAGUGGCCGCGCAACCGACCAAUCACAAAUCUCCUUAUUGUCACCCCCCUCUCCUGCAUUCAUGUGAUUUUUCACAGGGAGAUUUCAAGACUACUUCCUGCCCAACAGCACACAGUGAAGUACGCACACAUACAUACCCACACCUGUCACGGCUUUGCCGUCUAUCAGUUUGCAUUCGGUAUGUGGGAACGAGUAGGUGGGGGUGACAGAGAUGAUGAGUUUAAAAAUACUCUGGCACAGUAGAAGAGUACCGGGGAUUUCUGCGUCCAGGUUCAUGGCAAAGUCAUCUAAAAAUAGAGGACAAACACUAAGGACAUUACAACAGUAGGAAGACAAGUCAAGCUUUGGACAUUUUCCCUCUAAAAGAUCAGCUGUUCGGAGUGUUUUUAAAAUUUUGCUGUUGAAGUUGUUCAGCAGUCUGAGCCCCACCUGAAUCGUUUUUUCUUUUUUUCAUUGCUCGAUGGUUCGUAUUUGAAUAGUCAUUUCACUUCAUGCAAAACACCAGCAUCACUGGCUUUGUCGGUUGAAACUUUUCUACCAGCAAAGGUUGCAAAGGACACACAUAUAUAUAUGGUAGCUCAUGCUCUAUACCUUUAUUUUGUAACCCUGCACAUGAUUGCUUGUGAAUGUAUCAUUGAAAAACAUUUAAUGUACAUUUGCAGCAUUAAUGCAUUAAACAAAAGCAUCUGAGUGACCAAAGUAUUUGCUCGUAAACCCUCUUGUCCACUAUCCAUUCACAAUCAAACCACAGACACACAGAAGUAGCUGCUAUUUGAUGUUUUUUCAACAGUUCAGAUAAGUUCAUAUUUGAUCAAGACUGUCAGCAACAAGGUUGAUGAUCACUAUAUGAUACAGUAUGUUUUAACCCCGCCUGCUCAUCAGCGAAGUGAUUAGAGGUCCCCUAUGUCCAAAAGGGGCACCAAAAUCAAAACAAAGUAAAGUUCCUCACAGGUCCGAAAUGAAGGUUUUUACUUUAGAGAGCAUUAGCAAUGACAACACACAUAGAUAAUCAGCCGGUGAUAAAAUCUGCUUUCUCUUCUCACCCUUUGCAGGAAUUGGUUAUGCCUCUGUGGUGAUAGUAUCACUACUUAACAUCUACUACAUUGUGAUCUUGGCCUGGGGACUCUACUACCUGUUUCAGUGCUUUCAGCCAGAGCUCCCUUGGGCAAAAUGCAAACAGCCCUGGAACACAGAGCACUGUAUAGAGGACACAGUCCGCAAGAACAAGACCCUGUGGCUCGCUGCCAACACUACCAACUUCACCUCUCCAGUCACCGAGUUCUGGGAGUGAGUAUCAACUGACAGCGAGUCAAUGUUGUCUCUGACUGAAACGCAUGCACACACACACACACACACACACACCCCUUCACACACAUAUAUUUGACUAAAGCAACACAGUGUUUAUCUUGCUUACGUAAAUGUAGAUUGGCACAAUCCUGACAAAACACACAGUUGACUUAAGGGUGCAGGUUUAAGGUUCCCUGCACUUUAUUUUAGACUUUUGUUUGACAGCUCCAAAGAGUUUGACUUUAAUCCUAAAACUAAAGUGAGAAAUUAACCAAACUCAGAUUGAUUUUACUCUGAUACUGUCUUGUUGCAUGUUUGACAUUGACAACUCAACAAAACACCAAAUCGGAAGCAUUCAUGCCAGAUCAAACAAUCAAAUGUUUGAGCCUCAAAACAGCAUAUUCAGACUAAAAAAGGAAAGUCAUGCUGCUGUUUGAUUUCCACUUUAAUUAAAUCUGUUAUUAGUCUUUCACCGCUGAACUGUAAUCUAGAUUUAUCACAUUAAUAUCAUUUUUGUGUGUAUUUCAAAGUGUAACCUUUGCUCUCAAUAACCAGUCAUAUCCGUUUGUAUCUUCCGCAGACGUAAUGUCCUAAGCAUCUCCACUGGGAUCGAGGACAUUGGGCCCCUGAAAUGGGACUUGGCCUUGUGUCUCCUGGCAGUGUGGGUUAUCUGCUUCUUCUGCAUCUGGAAGGGAGUCAAAUCCACUGGGAAAGUGAGUGCAGAGGCGUAGACACAUCCUGUACUCACUGCGUUGCCUGGAUGCUGUUUGGCCUUCACUUUUUACCCCGACAAGUCAUUGACAAAACACUGUUGCUCGGAGAAAAAAACACAAAUGGUUAGAAGGCCAUUAGUUUGCUUGAUUUAGAGACACACUCCUCUACGCUGUCCUGGAAGUUGUUGUUGGCCAGACUCACUGUCGGCUGUAAACAGUCGACUUGCUUCUCUUCAGCUCUCUCUCUGUUUUGUUAGAGAAACUGGGCAAGAGCCAACAGGAGGAACUCUGGGAAAGAAAUUAUUGACUCUUAUCAGGAAUUACUGAUGGGGUUGUUUCUGUACUUAAUACAAUAUUUAUUUUGUUAUUUAAACCUCACUUUGAUCUCUUCUUAUCUUCGCUAAAUAGAAAAUGGUAUGUUUGUUGGCAGAGACUCCAUUUUCAGCUUAAACUUUUCCUUUUGAGGGCUUCAUAUUCACAGACGUGACUUUUCCUCCAUGAGAGUAAUCUAAGUAGACAGUAACAACUAUCAGAUCACAGGAACAGAUUUACUGCAGUGAUAGAUCUCUAACUUAAAAAGGAGAACCUGGAAAGAAAGUUGUUUGUUCACUUCACCGAAUGAUAACGGACAUCGAAUUGCUGAUCUGUGUUUUGGCUCAAAUCUAUUUGUCCUCUCUCUUAGGUGGUGUACAUUACAGCGACUUUCCCGUUUGUGAUGCUGAUUGUGUUGUUGGUGCGUGGAGUGACCUUGCCAGGUGCAACCGAAGGGAUCAAAUUCUACCUUUACCCCAACCUGACCCGCCUACAAGAUCCAGAGGUAGGAAUUGAACGCUCUUCUUCUUCUAUCUUUGAUUUAAUAAAAUAACGUUUUUUGUGAUUGUUUUUCAAGGCUUGACCUUGUUUAUGAAGAGCUAUUGAAGUUUUAUCAGUGUUUUCAUCCAGGUCUGAGUAAAUCAUUUACAUUUACUGAUGUGAGGUUUUGCAUGCCAAAAGGUUUUUUUUUUUUUUCUUAUGUAACUAGAUUGCAUCAUAUCCCAGGAGUGUUCAAAUAAACAUCAAAGUAAAUCAGACAUCUUAAACUAUCUGCGCCAACUCUGAACAGUUUGAAUCAGAUUGAUUUGAUAAUCCAGAGAACAUGAUAUGUAUGAGGUCUCUGGUAAAAUUACAGACACGUCAGUAAUUCAAGACUUGUCAUCGACCCCGUCUUUAAAACACUCCUGUAAUCCGGAUAUUUUCUGUCCUGUAGCCCUGUAAAGAACCCGUGCACUUCUCUCUUUGACUCCCCAGGUUUGGAUUGAUGCAGGGACCCAGAUUUUCUUCUCCUAUGCAAUCUGCCUGGGAGCCAUGACGUCCUUGGGGAGCUACAACAAAUACAAAUACAACUGCUACAGGUGAGCGGUGUUUCGUCGGGGUCGAGGGGGGUGCGGGAGUGUAGUAGAGACAGCAACUCGUGUCAGAGACAGUUGCGUGAAAAGACAAAAAAAAAAAUGGGAACUUCGGUUCCACCUGUGUUCAUUAACAACCUCCAUGACAUAUGUGUGACAUAGGGACUGUUUGCUGCUGGGAGGCCUCAACAGCGGUACCAGUUUUGUGUCUGGCUUCGCAAUAUUUUCCGUCCUGGGCUUCAUGGCACAAGAACAAGGGGUGGACAUUGCCGAUGUGGCAGAGUCAGGUACGAGGGUCCAAGGUGAUGGCAGCAGUGAUGGUGGGCGCUGCUGCCAAAAUAAAUAAAUAAAUAAAUAAACUAAAACAAACUACAAACCCAAUUGGACACUCACUAAAGGCGUAACAGAAAAACCAAAAGUAACCGGAUAAAGAAGCUCGAGCUAGGUUUGAAAUUCUUGGAAAUGCUGAAAUGUAGAGGUAUCGGCAAUUGCACACUCCUUGAUUAAAUGCCUCAAAGAAACAGAGUUGUGACUUCAGCGUGAAUUAUGCCCCGCCUUCUCUGAGGGUCGCACUGGUCAAAUGUCGUGUGAUUUAGCUACACGGUCAUCUGUGGGGUGUUUUGAGAGCUCCUGCACUGGUUCCACUGGUUCCAUCAGCAUCAUCUUUGCAGGUGUUCAGCAGCACCAGUUGUUCUCACGUGUCUGAAAGUGAACAUGUUAAUGUUUUAAGACGCUUUACAGCUUUUCAUUUCGAUCUAAAAAGCAUUGUUUCUGUAUAUGCACUGGCACUCUGAGGCGGUAGGUCCAGUCAGCCUUUGGAUCUCCUGAGAUGGACCCCAACGGUUCUGUUUCUGUCUUUCUUUUGUUUGUACUCCAUGUGGACUUAAAAAGAGAUGCAUCCUCUUUCAGCAUGCUUACUUGCUGUUCACUUCAAAUUCAACUAUAGGUUUCAUGUAUCUCUGCAAGUCAAAUGUAAUCAUGUGAAACCAAACCACAACUGUAUGUCAAUGAUUGUAAAUCUGUUUCGCACCUCGAUGUGCACAUUAAUUUUGCAUAUUUAUAAAAAACAGCACAAGAGCAAAUUCUGAAUCAGUGCUAAUGUUCAUUAAGAAAUGAGCUGCAUUUUUCUCUGCUGUUCCAUUGAGGCACUUGUUUGUGAGAUUGCUGAUUUUGUGUCUCAUGCUCUUCCUCUAUAUCCUCUUCAACUGGUUUGGGGUUUUUCCAAAAUGCUUUGCAUUCAUUAGAUUAGAUUGGAUUAGAUUAGACUCCAUUUUGUUACGAAACACACACACACACACACACAACUCCAACAGACUAUAGACUAUUGCAACAAACCGUGUCGGAGCAGCUCUGGCAUGUCAGCAUGUAGUCACAUGAACAGACCCAACUGAACAGGAUGUACUUUUAAAAACACGGAUAUGCACAAUCUAAACAAUUGGCAUUUAUGUAAUAUUUGCCUUACAGUGAAAACAUGAUGCAUAUAUUUCUCUCACAGGGAUUGUAUUUCCUUUAAUCCACUCAACACAUAGAAUUCGACACUCAAUCUGGACAAGUCAGACUCAUUAGGUCAUGUUUUUGGCAGAUUACUGGCAGUGCCAGACCCAGCUCAGCCUCUGGAGCUCAGUCUGCACAAUAUUUCUUUUUUUAUCAUCAUUAUUAUUUGAUUGAGUCGAAAUCAAAUAAAAAUUCUAACCCCAUGCUCUGCCCCUUCUCCCCACCCCCUCUCUUUUCUCCUCCAGGUCCCGGCUUGGCCUUCAUAGCCUACCCCAAAGCUGUGUCCAUGAUGCCUAUGCCAACCCUGUGGGCCAUCCUCUUCUUCAUCAUGCUGCUGCUUUUGGGCCUCGACAGCCAGGUCAGCAUUCACUCAACCUCUCUGUUGAGGGUUCGUUGGUGUGUUUCCUGCUAAUUCCACUCAAACACCUCUCGGGCCUCUCAUGGGUUAGUUGGCUCAAUGUAUAAAACACAUUUGGCGUAUCUGUGAUCCUCAUCUAAGGUCUGCAAGACGAUCAGGUAACAGGCAGACAAGAAAAGCAGCCUGUUCACACAAAGGUAUUUUACUACUGCUCUGUGAGGAUUAUAGCUCCACUUCAUUCCCCUGUAAUCAAAAAAAAUUGAGAAGCUAAUGUUUUUCAGCCAAGUAUUUUCCCAUCAGGAGUCAUUAUAACAGCAAGAGUGCAAGCUAUCUAACUUUGACGGGAGCCAGAGCUUUGAUUAAGACAAGAUAAUCUAAGUAGACAAAACACAAAUGUCCGCCCGAGGGGAUUCUCUGGCUAUAUCACAUUUCCUGCUUCCAAGUGUAAUUCUAACCCUGUGCUAACUCAGUCCUGCACAUGUCCAGCUACUCAUCUCAGCCAACCGAGAUCAGGCCGACACUCUAAAUUUGAGCACAUGUAAAUAGUUCUGCGAAUGGGGCUAUUUCAAUGAGGGAAACAGUGCUGGUGACGGUUUGUGUGUGAGUGCGAGUGAGUGAGUGAGUGAGUGGGUGAACUUACUGACCAUAAAUUUCAUGCAGAUUUACAGCCCCUGAAUGCUAUAUAUUGUCAACAUCCCUCACACAUACAUGCCACUCUUAUGUAAGGGGGGUUUUGUUUGGGUUUUCAUGCAACAAUGGGGGCAUGUUUCUCCGAGAAUGAAGACAGCUUGCUUGGAGAAGUAGAAACUGUUUUAUAAUUUUGUUAUGACUUUAUGAGGCAAUGAGAAGACACUGGGGAGAAAAGAGAAAGACACAGACGUGGUGGAGGGGGAGACAGUGUUUCUUUGUUGUUUUGUUUCUGUGGUGUCUUGGUAGCAACAAACCCGUGUUGCAGAGAGAAGGCCUGUUUAAAUUUCUCAUUACUGACCAACAAAGACAGCUCUUAUUCUCCAGUCGCUGCUUCAUGGAGGCAGCACAGAAAGACACAUUGACUUUUUUUUUCCCCCUCUGAGUUUCUUAAUAGUUGCUUUUGUGCCCACAGUUUGUUGAAGUGGAAGGACAGAUCACCUCCAUUGUGGAUCUCUAUCCAUCCCUCCUCAGGAAGGGUUACCGGCGGGAGAUCUUCAUUGCUGUGAUGUGUUUCUUAAGCUAUCUCCUGGGGCUCGCCAUGGUAACGAAAGUAAGUUCACCCGGCGGCGUCUACCUCUUGUUGUUUGUCGGUUUGAGAGAAGGGGAAGACAUCCUGUGUAUUUUGAUCGGCAGCAGUGAUAACACCACACACUUUCCACUUGCCUCACUGCCACGACCAAAUAUGGCUUCCUAUCACCUUCACCACUCACUUCCUGUGUGAGUAAAUGGAACAAUUCGGAAUGCCGUUUUCCAUUUAGCCGUUAACCAUGCGUCAGUAACGUCGCAGCACCUGUUGAACUUUGCCUCUAUUGGUAGGGUGCCAGGAAUUCUUGUGUGCUGCUUUCAGCACCCCUUAUUUAAUGCCUCCCCUCUAUCUUCGUGACUUUCUUUCCCUCCACACAAAUCAGUGAGGUAAUUAAUGCUACUAUCCUUCUUUCCUUUUUCCAGGGUGGCAUGUAUGUGUUCCAACUCUUUGACUACUAUGCAGCCAGUGGUGUGUGCCUUUUGUGGGUGGCAUUCUUUGAAUGCAUCGCUGUAGCCUGGGUGUAUGGUAAGUGGAAACGACUCUCUGUGAUGAGUUUCUGUAGCAGUCCAAGUGUGUGUUUGUGUCGUUUUUCAAAGUAAUGAUCCUGAAGAGCACAAAUGAUCUCUUUGGUGGUAAACAAAGGUGUCCUUGUGGCUCUUUCCAUGUCAGUAGUAAAUAUGUUUAACUGCAUGCAGGGAUGUGAGGAGUGAGGGGUUGUGGGGAAGAGAGGAAGGUGUAAGCUCAGUGCUGGUUUUUGAUUGGCUAUCCAGGAUCACUCCCACUACCUACUAUUAGGCUAUUAACAUCCAGCCAAACAGAGAAAACUACAGUAAGAAGGAAAGCAUUCAUGUAACUCUGUCAAGUAGUUUCUUAAAACAAGAGUUUCUGUAAUGCUGAUGAGUUAAACCGUGUUUCUGUCGAUAACAGAUGAGGUUUUACGUUUUGCUGUUUCUGUACUCUCUACAAAAAAAGAAACGAAAUGUCCCUCUGUGCACCAAUCAGGAUUUAUGAACAUCUGUCUACAAAUCAGAGGAUAAUAACGUGCAAAGUCGAACCAGCCAUAAACUCAUUCUGUGUUCCUGUUCCAGCUUCUUCUUUUAUGAUAAAAUUGAUGUAACACAACAACAACUAAAAAAAAAAACGUUGCUAAAGAUUUAACAAUCCUGUUGCUUCAUGCUUUGGUCAAAAGCUUUACUGAUUUUCUUAUUUAUGUUUUUGAAAAAUCAUGCUUUGAGCAUCAUUCUGGCCUGUUAUAGAGAUUUAUAUAAUAGGAAAACCAUGGUCUUUGCCGCCCUGAAAAGAGGCCAGUCAGAGAUGCAAAUCCAAGCAGUGACAGCUUAUGUUAUGUAACAACAGGGGCGCCAUAGACGCUGAAUUUACGAAGAAUUUUAAAGGGAUUUGAUGUAAGCUGAAGACUGUUUUAUCAGGUUUGUCCAAAACCAUGUCUUCAGACUUCCACAAUUCAAAUAUUUGCUUAAUUUGUUUUAAAAGGCUGGAGAGUUGUACAUCCUCAGGACUAUAAAAGGCAUAAAAAGAACUUUUGGCAAGGUGAUACAAAUCCUUGGCUGUAACAGGCCAGAAUAAAAAAAAAGGACUGGAAAAAGCAUCUCAGACAUUUGGAAAGCAAAGCACUCUUACUACAGAUCCAACCGCAUUUAGUGGAGUUUAUUUUUCUGUGAAUCAUCUGAAAGUUUCAAUAUGCAACAGGAAAAACUGUAAGCAGAGCAGUUAUCAUAAGUCGGCCUUGGCUGUAGAAGUAAAAUAAAACAACAUACUUAACAUUAAGAAGAAGCACAAGAUAAAACAGGCUCUUAUAAAGCAAAUUUAACAGGAAAAGUUAAAUGUUGACCUAGUGAGCCAAGUUAUGAAGCUGGUGGUUUAUGACCCUGGGGUAACGUAUACGGCAGUCUGAGACGGACAAACAGAGAUAACAGGCCACAGAGCUGCCACAUUCCAGAGGGAGGCAUGAAGGUCGUCUUCCAAUAACAAGACAUACUACUUGAACCAUGAAGACUGUGUCUAUGAGUCUAUGUUUAUGUAGUUAAUCAUUAGUUUGACUAACUACGUUGAAAAAAUGCAGCAGCAUUAAAUCUAUUUUUAUUGUGUUGUGUGUCAGGAGUUGAUAAUUUUUACGAUGGAGUUGAGGACAUGAUCGGCUACAGACCAAACCCUUGGAUGAAGUGGAGCUGGACCAUAAUCACUCCUGUCCUUUGCAUGGUGAGAGAUUUUUUUAGAGGAGCAGCUUUUGCCACUUUAUUGUCAAUGAGUCAUCCACACGAGCAUGUGACAAAUGUUCUUAUUUCAUGGUCGAAGAGAAGCGUACAAUUUGUUCUAACGGAGGAAUGUGUUUUUUUCUCAGGGCUGCUUUGUCUUCUCCUUAGUCAAGUACAAGCCUUUGAAAUACAACAAGGUGUAUGAGUACCCUGACUGGGCCAUAGGUCUGGGCUGGUGUUUGGCCCUGUCCUCCAUGAUCUGCAUCCCCAUGGUGAUGGUCAUCAAGAUCUUACAGUCUGAGGGACCCUUGAUUGAGGUGAGCUGAUGAAUGACUUGAGAAGUUUCAUUUAUUGGAAACACUAAAUAUCUUCUGUCCCAUUUUUAACCAAAGACUCAUAAAGCAGCAGUGUGACUGUUUGACUUUUAUGUUUCACAGUAAAGAUUCCCAGCUGCUUAGUCUGCACUGAAAAUAGAAACUACCUCCCUUAGUCUUGACUAAAAUGGCUUUUGUAGUCCACGCUAGCUGACUUCAGCAGUUACUCCCUAAAACUCCCUCAUGCGCAGCUACUUGAAGUUAGCUAACAAUAGCCUGAGCAAACACCCUAAGUGUGACAAAAGCUAAGAGGCUGUAAGACUGUCACUAAAUGCUAUUUUUUGAUCAUGAGUUCGCGCUGAUAUCCUCUGUACUUUUUCAAAAUUCAGACAUACAAAAGCACAGUUGAAGGCGCUGUCGGGAUUGUCAAAUGUGCAGAGUAAUUGGUGGUCAGUUAGUUGUAAACAACUAACAACUAACAACUCACAGCUAAGCUUGCAGAGGUGCAGGAAAGUAUCCAAAUGCUGUUUCUGGACUUUGCCAAUGUGCUACUGGCUGUGCAUUAAUAUGUAGAAUGCAGAAAUGACUGCCUUUUCAUUCAGCUACAGGCAAUACAGCAAAAUAUUAAUCUGAAAAGAGCAUGUUUUUCAUUAGCACGAGGUUAAAAAGACAUGUCUAGCAUACAAACAAAGCUGCGAUGUUUGUCAUUUUAAAUUUGAUAACUGUCAUGUUGGGCCUCAGUUUUUAGAUGAUCGUAAGCCUAAUCUCUCAUCUUCUUUCCCUCCAGAGGAUAAAAGCUGUGGCAGCCCCGGCGAAGUCAGGCGUGAGCUCUCGCCCGAAAGAGUAUAACUUGAAGGGCAGCGAACUGACACAGCCCCUGGACCCAAAUGGGAACAAUGGCUUAAUGAAGCCCACCCACACCAUUGUAGAAACAAUGAUGUGAGCGCUCUCUGUGAGAGGAAUAAGAUUGAUGUGCUUUCUGUGUUAUAUUUGCUAACAUUGGUAAUGGUAGGUUUACAUUGUCCAGUAUAUUCACAUUAGAGAUACUCUGGUUUGAUUUUUAUGGAGAGUUAUAUUAUUGUUGUAUUUUUUUUCUCUUGAUUUUUUUUUUAUUUUUUACUAUAUCAAUAUUGUUGAUGUUAAAAUUGUUGUUGCUGUAGUUGGCACUGAUCUAAAUUUAGGCAGUAUUUUGAGAUAGAACAUUUUCAAUGUUUACUACCUUUCUAUUGAUUCCGGAGAGAUGAGGAAUUUGCUUUUUGGUGAAUUCAAGAUAAUUAAUGAAAUUCUUAUGUUACAAAAGUCAGUUAACUAAAUUUGUAAUUGACUAUAUAAAAGUUAGAAACUUUCCAAACACGUCGGAGUGAUUGUGGCUGUCUUCGGCGCCCAAGAUUACUUCUACCUUCAUACCUUGUUGAUGUCCACGCAGUGAAAAUGAAUGUACCAUGAGCCACCCGCAUCUCUCAGAGAACAUAUCCUUAACAUGUUCAGUGGCAAUAUGCAGCGUGUAGAUUUAAAUCUUGCUUGACAUUCUCUUCUUUAAAAGUUGAACAUGGCCUUGGCCAAAUACUGUGAGAAAUGCAUUCAUAAGAAGUUCCUUCCUCAAAUGUGUUUGAGAGAAAACGAUACAGGGAUAAACAGCUAAGGAGUGAGGAGAAAAGGGAAGUGGCAUUUUUAGAGUAUUUGUACACUGCCUGUGUGACUACUAUAGUCAGUCCCAGUGCAUUUAAUGAAACCUCUCUUUGCACUUUAUAUGUCGUCUCACCUUUAUUGUAGUGUUUGUUUUUAAUGUUGCAAGGUAUUGCAGUCAUGUUUGCAACACAUUCAGGAGGAAAUAUUUUAGCUUCUAACUUUUUUAAUAUUGUAAACUUUGAUAUACAUUAUCUGGUAGUCUCCUUGUCAAGACAAGGACAAAUUAGUUAGCGAUCUGACACCAAACGUUCUGAUUCAUAAAAUUUUUAGUUGGAUCUGUGAGAAGGUCAUUAGAUACGGAAAAACAAUAUUUUUAUCAGCAUUCAUACAACUCCCUUCAUUGUGCACAUAAUAGAAGCAGAAGUGCUCUGCAGCAGUACCACUGGAUUCUAGUUUGUAAUAGUCGGUGUAGGCAUUUGUAGAAAUUGACUUGUUUGUAAAUCACAUAUGCCUUUUUGUAACAAUUUUAUACUGUACAUCCUGUAAACACCAUCAUUGAUUGAUUAAUUUUUUUUUUCUGAAAUUUGAAGCAAUUUGUUUUCUUAGUAUUGACUAUAUUGUGAGCCAGGAUUACAUUUUUCAGUGUGCAAUAUUCAUUGAAGCAACGGUGUUCCACAUUCGCUCAAAAUGCACCUUCAAAUUCAAAAUGAUUGUAAUUUUUGAUUGACUGGGGAGUUUGUAUCCUGUGGCAUGUGCAGGAACCACCACUGUAUCAUGGUGUUUUGUCUGUAAAAAAUCUUGUGCUACUUGGAAAUUCAAGUGUACCAAAGUCAUUUUGUCUCACUGUUGUCCCCUCUGAGAUGCACAUUGCAUCAUUUCUAUAUAGAUUACAAAUAAACAUCUUUUUUCUUGGGAAUUUUA